CCGGACGUACGUCCUGGCCGGAGUUCCCGAUCCUCUCCGUGCUCUGCCACCUAUUAUCAUCACCUCUCUGUCUCAACCCCCCUCCCCCCUCCUCGCGCCCGACACGUACGCGACGCGCGAGCUCGCGAGUCGUGUCGUUGUUGCAUCGGUGUGUACAUACAACAGCUCCGAUGGUUUCUUUCUCCGCGCGAGAUACCGCGUGAUCUGCUCGACGCAGAUUUCUUCUCGGGUCUAUCCACGGCAAGAUCUCAUCAAUUCGUCCCAAUUACUGUGUCGAUUUAGACUUUUGAUUAUAUAGAGCGAAAAUGGAUCCCCGCGACAUUUCUCAUUUAGCAUUCUUAUGGUAAAAAGAGGCCCAGCUGUCAUUGACACUCGAGUGUAGGGCCACGCGUGCGAGUGUGCGAGUGCCGACCAUCCCCACGCACUGCUCUUCCAUCGCCCAUCCCUGCGCCCAUCGGGCGGCGGUGGUAGGGGCAGAACCGAGUAUGUCAGUCUUCUCUUAGCACCGAUCGGGGUAGGGUGUCGUUCGAUUCUUUGCCAGAGUCGCGCGGUUCUCGCAUCUGCGUGAAUGACGGAUGAUCGGGCCGAGCGAGCCGAGCCGCGGCACAAAUCUGUGGGAUAGAUAUAGAUUGGUGGAAAACUUGGUUUUCGCGGAUUCGACGGUACACACGGAGGAGGGAAAGAGGAGGGGCGCAGGAGCGCGCGAGUAAUACGAGGUAUUACAUACGAAAUGAAGAAAAGAAGAAGCGCGUAAUCGCGCGUCUGGAUUAAUCGCGACGGCGUAAUUAUGAAGACCGAAAUGGAGACGGAGCCCGAAUGCGCGGACGGUGUCCUGUGCCCGAAGGCUAACAACAAUAACAACAAUAACACCAACAACAACAACAAUAAUAACAAUAACACUAGUAACAACAACAACGUCGCCGUCGCGAAAAAGGGCGGCAGCGAUAACGGAUACGACGCUAUGGAGAUGGACUGCGGCGGCUGCGGGGAGAGCGUACGCGAGCGCACCGUCUUGUGCGUAGGGGGUCGUACCUGGCACUCCAGAUGCCUAAAGUGUUGCGCCUGUGCGAGGCCUCUGCACGACCAGCACUCGUGCUUCCUGCGCGGCAUGCGGCUCUACUGCAGGCACGAUUACGCUCUGACAUUCGGCGCGAAAUGCGCGAAAUGCGGGCGUAGCGUGGGCGCCGGGGACUGGGUGAGGAGGGCGAAGGACAGAGUCUAUCACUUGGCUUGUUUCGCCUGCGACGCCUGUUCUCGUCAGCUGUCCACGGGCGAGCAGUUCGCGCUCCUGGACGCCCGACUCCUCUGCAAGGCUCAUUAUCUGGACGUGGUCGAGGGUAAUAAUACCUCCUCGUCGGAGGAUUGCGACUCCGAGCACGGCGGCAAGGGCAGCAAAACGAAGCGCGUGAGAACGACCUUUACCGAGGAGCAACUCGCGGUCCUGCAAGCCAACUUCCAGAUGGACAGCAACCCGGACGGACAGGACCUCGAGAGGAUAGCCCAAGUAACUGGUCUCAGCAAGAGGGUCACGCAAGUCUGGUUUCAGAAUUCGAGGGCGAGGCAGAAGAAGCACAGCGGCAAGAUCAAGACUCAGAUGCAUCAUUCGCCGCCGAUGCAUCAUCAUCCGGUCGACCUGUAUUCCGGUGGAAUCAACGUGGUCGGCGCUUAUCUCGGUGGUUAUCAGGCCAGCAAUGCCGGUAGCGAGAGCCCAGGUAGCCCAUUGACGCCGCUCACACCUCUGACUCCGCUCACACCGACGACACCGAAUCACUUGCAGGCCCAAUUCUGCCACCCAGCGGGAUAAUCCGAUGUAAAAGUUUCCACGAGGCCAUUGACAUUAACCCUUUUGCACUCAAAUGUGUGCUUUCAAUUUUUGUCGUAAAAUCAUAUAAUUCGAAAAUAUAUACGAAAAUUCGUGAUAAUAUCUUGCAAAAUCUAAAAGUUACGAUUAUAUCUUUUUCGCAUUCUUUUUUAUGUGCACAAAAAAUCAGGUAAAAAAAUAUAUCACAAGCUGACUGAUGCACUAGUUUCAAUCAAUCAAAUUAUUACGCGAGCGAAGAAUUAACAAUUACAUGUGAAGGAAAUCAUAAAACAAAUUAAUUUGUACAUAUUAUCCCGUGGAGAUGUAAAAUAAGCGCGCGUUUAUUGUUAGUACAAUACGUAAUGUAUGGAAGGUACAAGUUUUUUGUAUUUAAAGUUAGAUUAAGCUUAUUUAUUCCGAACUUGUAACAAUUUAUUACGUCUACUUGCGAAUAGAACCUCUUAGACGACACGAAAAAAAGGGAGAAAAACGCAAGAUUGUUGCGUUCAUUUUUUGAAACACUUCGACGUAGACAUUCUUUAAUCCAUAGUAAGAUACUGUAUAUAACGCGAAUGGUAGCUUUUGUACAUAUGUCUUCUGUAGGUAAAUAUAGAAAAUAUUGUGAAGAGUGAGAGAAAAGCGUGGAGAACUUGAUAUCGCCUACUUGUCGCUGCAAUAUUGUAAACCGUACUGUUAUUAAUAAAACGCCUUUUAUUGUUAAA